AUGCUGCUGUGUAGCUGUAUACAAGAAUGUCCUGAUAACGAGGAGUACCUGCUGUGUGGGUCAGCGUGCCCCUUCAACUGCUCCAACCCUGAGGGCCCCGUUCUGUGCAACGCUGACUGCGCUGAAGGCUGUUUCUGCAAGGCUGGGUACCUCAGGAACGAUAAUGGCACCUGCGUUUCUGCUGAUCAGUGUCUUGGCAACGACAACAUCUGCGGGCCUAACGAGGAGUUCCUCUCGUGCGGCACAGCCUGCCCGCUGACAUGCAAGCAGCCGGAGCCGCUGGUCUGCGGGCUGGCCUGCAGCAUGGGCUGCUUCUGCCAGUCCGGGUACGUCCGGGACACUGCUAACGAUAAAUGUGUUACCCUGGAUAAGUGUCCCGUUGAACAAUGUCUAAACCAAAACGAAGUUUACGACAUCUGCAACGCGUCAUGCGAGCCUUCAUGUGCGGACCCCGAACCGAUAUGCACCCGCAUAUGCGCGGGCGGCUGCAUAUGCGCACCGGGACUCCUGCGCAGUGACAGCGGUGAGUGCGUCAGCGUCGAGAAGUGCGGCAACACGACCAACACAGGACCAUUGACGAGAUACCUUAAUGUUAUUAAUCAAAUAUUACAUAUGUAAGUAAAAAUAGGUGAAUUGUGUAAGAAAUAGGUAAGUAGGUAUCUGGAUUUAAGUCAGUCUGUAGCUGUAGUAGCUACCUAACAAAAAAUAAUUGUCAAUAAUUAAGAUACUGUACGAAAAAAAAUGUAGGCAUAAGGAAUAAAAAUA